AUGGAGGCUGAUGGUGACGCCAUUCUUGGGGGACUGGGCGAUGCCAGUCUAAUGUGUGGUGAGCGAUGGGCAGGUGGGCGUGAAACGGUUGGUGCUGGCAGGUGUGGGCUAAACGUACUAGGCGACGGUGGUGGCUUGGGCUCCAUGAGGGAGGGUGAUGCUAGAGCGGUCGAUACCGGCUGGGAGGGAGUCGAUGCUGGGCUGGGCAACACCAACCAGGGCAUUGAUGAGCUCAAGCGCAAGUUAGGCGACAACGGUGAGCUGGGCGACGAUAGGCACAGUUCGCAUCUCAUCCAUGGGAGACCAAGAUGGGGCGUGAUACAUAGGCCAGGUGGCGACACUGGUGGGCUACUCUUCAGCAGGCAUGGGUCAGCUGAUGCUAGUGGAUUUAGCGUAAGGCCUCGUGAUGGUGCUUGUCCUAAUGGAGGUGCUUUGAAGGACGCUAUUCGAGGCUUCCCACAAGGCAAGAGGAUCGCUAAGGGCGAUGAUUCGAAG